GUAAGAAACCAUAAGGAAAGGUUGACAGCCGACGGCCAUUAACAGUGACGCUUUCACGAUUAUACUAAAAAUUCAGUAAAUAAGCGCGAUAAUCACAUGGCCGAGAAUGAUACUGACGUGAUGGAGUACGAGAACGCCGACGAAGGCGUCGCAAACCCCGAAGAGUACGAGGAGGAAGAAAACUUUGAAAACGACGUCGACAUAGGCGACGAUUUUGUCGGCGGAAGAGGCAGACGGCCGAAUUUCAGAGGUCGCGGACAACAACCAAGAGGCGGUUGGAACGGACCACCUGCUAUUAGACCGGAAGGUGGAUCAAGGUUUCGAGGUAGAGGCUUUGGACCAGGUGGACCAUUACAAUUUAGAGGCAGAGGAGGCCCUCCACCCCCGAUGUUUGCUGGAAGAGGAGCACCACCAAGAAAUCCACCGCCAGGCGGAUUUAAUGGUCAUCCAAACUUUAAUGGACAGAAUUGGGGACCACCUGGUGGACCGCCAAACAUGAUGGGAGGUCCAGGUUCCAAUGGUCCAGGCCCUUUCGGACCACCAAAUAUGAUGGGGGGACAACUAAAUAUAAACAGUGCCCCACCACCGCUUCUAGGGGGUCCAAAUAAUCCCGCUGGUGGGAAUCCAGCCGGAUUUAGUGGUGGAGGUCCACCCAACAUGGCUGUGGAUUUGAACGCUGAAAUAUGGGUAGAAACAAAAACUGGAGAAGGCAAAUCUUAUUACUAUAAUGCGAGGACACGCGACACGACCUGGACGAAGCCUGAUGGUCCUAAUGUUAAGGUGAUAUCUCAAGACCAGGUGGAGGCGAUGGCACAAGCGCAGGUCAAUACAGGAAUGGGAAUGGCCCCAGGAACUACGACAGCGGCACAAGCUGCUUUAGCGCAAGCAAAUAUCACCAAUAAAAUAGAUGAUGGAGGAGAUGAUAGCAAAUCAGAUCCAAAACAAUCGACUUUACAACCACCCCCAGGUCUACUUCAGGGUCCACCACCAGGAGUGCCUCCGUUCGCAGCUGGACCGCCUGGUCAGUUCCCACCAUUCGCACUGCCGCCGCCUGGAUUUCAAGGUAACUGGGCUGGAGGACCGCCUGGUUGGCCAGCCGGUCCUCCUGGAGGUGCUCCAUGGGGCAUGCCGCCUGGCAUGCACCAUCCUGGUAUACCAGCUCCACUCUCCGCCGUUGACGAAGCUGCUGUCUUAGCUAAAGUGGAUCCGGACAUUGUAGCCAGAGCUUCCGAAUGGUCCGAACAUAAAUCGCCUGACGGAAGGUUUUAUUAUUACAAUGCCAAAAAGGGGGAGUCGGUUUGGGAAAAACCUCAAUCCUUAAAAGACUUGGAGACUGCAAAAUUAGCAGCAGCUCAGGGUAUUUCCACCAGACCAACCGGGGAAUCGCCGCAAUCAAUGGAAACAGGUAAGCCAGCAGAUGGACCGCCUAAAGUGGUCGUCGUGAACGGUGAUGUGGCCGAUGUGGCGAAGGAAGAGGAGGAAAAACGCAAGAAACAUGAGGAUGAGCAGAAAAGGAAACGUGAAGAGGAGGAGAAAGCCAAAGAGGCUAAACAACAGGAUAAAUCUAGGCCGAUUUCAAGCACUCCAGUCCCAGGAACACCAUGGUGUGUUGUGUGGACUGGCGACGGCCGCGUCUUUUUCUACAACCCUUCAUCUCGUUCGUCUGUUUGGGAAAGACCCGAGGACCUUUUGGGACGUUCCGACGUAGAUAAAAUGGUAGCAAAUCCACCGGAUGCUUUGGCUACUCAACCUAAAGAAAUUAAUAAGGACACAAAGAAGCGAAUUGCAUCUGAGGAUAGUGAGAGUGAAGGAGAAGCACGUGAUUCGCCAACUAAAAAGCCUAAAACGGAGGAUGUGACUACAAGUGCAAACGGGGUUCAACCAAAAAAAAUUGAUAUAGGCAAAGAAGCUGCAAUUGAAGCGGAAGUUCGAGCGGCAAAAGAACGUGCCGUAAUACCGUUAGAUACACGUAUUAAAUCGUUUAAAGAGAUGUUGGCGGAAAAGGAAGUGUCCGCUUUCAGUACAUGGGAAAAAGAGCUCCACAAGAUCGUUUUCGAUCAUCGUUACUUGUUACUAACGUCAAAGGAACGUAAGCAGGUUUUCGAAAAGUACGUAAAAGAGAGGGCGGAAGAUGAAAGACGAGAAAAACGAAAUAAAUUGCGUGAACGGAAGGAGGCGUUCCGAAAACUGUUGAAUGAGGCACAUUUGCACGGAAAGUCUUCAUUUAGUGACUUUGCCCAAAAGUAUGCAAAGGACGAGCGGUUUAAAGGUGUGGAAAAGAUGAGGGAACGAGAAAGUUUAUUCAACGAAUAUUUGAUUGAGGUGAGACGUCGAGAGAAAGAGGAGAAGUCUCAACGGCGUGAACAGGUGAAAAAGGAUUUCUUAUCGCUUCUUCGCGAGAACUCCGAUAUUGACCGACAUGCCCGUUGGUCGGAUGUGAAGAAAAAAUUGGAUACUGAUCCGCGUUACAAAGCGGUCGACUCAAGCGGCCAACGCGAAGACUGGUUCCGCGAAUAUUGCAAGAUCCUAAAAGAUGAGAAGAAACGAGCUAAAGAAAAAGAUAAGGAGCAUAAAAAAGAAAAGGACAAAGAGAAACAUAAAAAAAGCAAGGACAAAGACAAGGAUAAAGAGAAAGAUAAAGACAGUAAAGAGGAAAAGCAUAAGGAAAAAAGCGAAAGAAAGAAAAGAGAUAGCAGCGGAAGUCGAUCAGAAAAAGAAAAAUCUAAAACAGAAGAAGAAGAAGAUGACAAUGUUAGUACAAGAAAAGCUGAAGGAGGCGGGGAUGAAGAUGUCGAAAUGGAACCAAGUACUUCCGACGAUGAACGUGCUCAGGAACAGAAAGAAAAGGAUAGACAAGCGAGAGCCGAGGCAAGUUUAAGGGAAAGAGAAAAAGAGGUACAAAGAACUUUAGCGACACAUAUGAGAGACAGAGAUAAAGAAAGGGAGCAACACAAACGAGAUGAGGCAAUUCAACAUUUUAAUGCACUUUUGGCCGAUUUAGUUAGAAAUGCAGAUUUGGGUUGGAGGGAGGUAAAGAGGAUUUUAAGAAAGGAUCAUCGAUGGGAUUUGGCGGAGUCGCUUCAACGGGAUGAAAAAGAGAAGUUAUUUAACGACCAUAUUGAGUCGUUGUUAAGAAAGAAACGGGAGAAGUUUAGAGAGUUAUUGGACGAAACUCCCAGUGUUUCUUUGACGAGUAAUUGGAAGGAAAUUAAGAAGAUUAUUAGAGAGGAUCCUAGAUAUACAAAGUUUGCUUCUAGCGAAAGGUGUGAAAGGGAAUUUAAAGAUUACUUACGAGACAAAUUGAUGACUGCAAAAACGCAAUUUAAAGAAUUACUUCAGGAAACAAAGUUGAUUACACAUAAAAGUUUAACGACUGUUCGUGAAAAUCAAGGCCACAUGCAAGAGAUUGAAGAGAUUUUAAAGAAUGAUAAGCGUUAUUUGGUGCUCGAUCACAUUCCUCAAGAGCGCACUCAGCUUAUUCUUAAUUACUUAGAAGAAUUGGACAGAAGGGGACCUCCACCGCCUCCAACAGCUAGCGAACCUUCUAGAAGGUCCACAAAAUAGAUUUACUAUAUUUUAAAUGAAAAAAAAAUUAAUAAAUAAUGUAAAAAAGAAUUAAGCAAGGACGGAAAGAGAAGAUAUUCAGUAGAAUUUAAAAUUUAUUAAAUUGACGGGACUAUUUAGUUUAUUAUGAUGAUGUGUAAGAUAAGAGAUAAAUGUAAAAUGUUUUCUUAAUUUUUUGCAAUUAAAUUUUUUUCCGUA